UUCGCCCGCGCAGCUUCCUCGUUUGUUUCUCCCUCGCCAUCCAUCCGACUGGUCCGUGCAUCGUCCGCGUGUAAUUUCAUUUCGUCACGAUCAACGCGUGGAAUCGAGUAACGGCCAAUUAUUCAGCUUCUCGCGCGAACACUUCCGCGAAAUAUUCGCAAGUGGAAGAGGGGUCCACGUGACAGUUGCGAGAAGAACGCGGGACCGUCGUCGAUCAAGAGUGACAACGACGUCGUCAGAUCUUUGCUCGAGGAGACAGGAUCGUUUGAUGUAGAGCGACGAGGACGAUGACGAGGACGACACGUCGAUUUUUACUGCUGCUGCUGCUGGUAGGGGUUUGCCAUGGCAUCCAGCAGUUUGAAGAAACACCACAAUACACCGAGGUCAAUCCUGGCCAGGACGCGAAGCUGGUGUGUCGAGUCCUCGGAAAGAGAGGGCAGUGCAUUUGGCAGAAGGAUCAAAAGCCAAUAGGUAUGCAUUUGAAAAAGUACGAGUGGGUGGGCUCGCCUGACAUCGGUGACUGUUCGUUAUGGGUCAGAUCAGCCACGUUAGAAUUCGAUGACGGACUUUGGCAAUGCCAAGUAACCGCCAGUGAUUUCACUACGCAGGACGCGUUAGCAUCCGAACCAGCAAGGCUGGUCGUCAGAGUCAGCCCUCAGCGACCGCAGAUAGAGUACGCCGACCGUCUAAUUCUCCCCGGCAGCAACGUGACAGCCCGAGCAGGUGAGAUCGCUACGCUCACUUGCAGAGCGCGGUAUGGGAAUCCUUCGCCUCUAAUUAAAUGGUACGUGGGCGAGACUGAGAUGAGGACGUUGCGGCCCCAGGUAAACUCAACUGAGAUAGAUAAUCCGCGCACUUGGGCAACCUACAGCGUUUGCGAGAUUCUGGCCGAGCGAUCACGUUACGGGCAGCCGAUCAGAUGCGUCGCUAUUCAUCCGGCGUAUGCCAAUCCCACCAUGUCGUCCAGCACCGAAGUGAGAUUCGACGUGCGCUACGCGCCGGAGACGAGAUUAGUCGGCGUCCCAACUGGCCAGCUCGAGGAGGGCCGCGAUCAGUUGGAAAUCCGAUGUCUCGCUGACGCUAAUCCGCCAGCUUCGAUUCUCUGGAGGAAAACCAAGAGUCCUGGGGUGACAGAAGUGGCUAGCAUCGGAGAAACCCUCAUGUUCUCCCCAAUUUACAGAAAUCACGCCGCUGUUUACCUCUGUGAGGCGUCAAACAUCGAAGGCGAGAGCAGUCCGGUCUCAGUACAGGUUUCCGUAAACUAUCCACCAACAAUCAGCGCAGUUGGACCGGAUCGAUUAACAACUGCGUUGUUAUAUUCUGGUGCAUCCUUCGAAUGUCAUGCUGAUGCGAUGCCGCCAGCCGAGUACAGAUGGGCACAGAUAUUCACGGACGGCCGCAUGCCAUUGGAAUGCGGAACGGGGCAGCGAUUGAUCCUGACGAACGUGACGUAUGAGCAACAGGGUCAAUACAUAUGUCUCGCCUCCAACAAGAUCAAUGGCAACGUCAGGGAAGUUAAAAGCGACCCUGUGUCCCUGCAAGUGGUCGGAGCUCCACGGGUGGUGAAGCCGACCAUCACAGAGAAGUUUGUCGUUGUGACGACGGAGGGUAACCCGGCUAGAUUAGAGAUCAGACUGUGCUCCGACCCGAAGCCGCGGCUCGUAGCCUGGGAAUGGGGCAGCACCAGACUGCACGCCGGUGAGGUUCUGGAACCGCGCUAUCGUGCGCUUGAUCUGGAGCCGUUGCCUUCAGAAGAUUGUUAUAUAGCGAUCUUAGAGUUGACAAGUACAGUGAAAGAGGAUCAAAGGCUGUAUCAUGUUAUCGUGGAGAACGAUCGUGGCAGUGACAGACGAGCACUCAUGCUGAAAGUCGAUGAGCCCGGCCAGAUCCCGCUUGUUAUCGGCGCGGUGGCCGGAUUCACGGUGCUCUCGGUACUGAUAAUGGGAUUCGUUUGUUUCCUACGUUCGGAUAGAUGCUGCGUAGCCAGAAACACAGUACCGGCACUGCAGCAAGUGCAUUGUACAAAGGCUUCCAACGCUAUGAUAGAGGAUCCACGCUUGGCAGUGGAUACGAUGGAUCGUACGAGUCAGCAAUUUGUCCCGGAGAAACGAGCCAAUCACGUUUUGAAGCCCGUCCCGUCGCAGCAAUACCAGCAGGAGUGUUAUCAGCACGACCCGCAACACCAACAGCAACAUUAUCAGAGGCAUCAUCAUCAUGGGCAGCCUCAUGGACAAUAUACGUUGCAGAAAGGAGUAUAUUCUCUGCAGCCGCGCGUCCUGCGGGAUUCAAGAACGUAAGACUGAACUCGACCGAGAUCGCCGAAUUUACGCUCGCAGCUCUUAAUGACGAACGACCGAUCGCGCACCGAGAUCAUCCAAUCGUUUCGGAAACUUAUAAGAGAAUAGCUGUAAUUUAAUCAUUGUUGCGCGAAACUCGUUACAGCCAUACAUUAUCCCAUCCUGUCACUAAAAAUUGUAGGCGCGAUUAGCAAAUAUCAAUAUUACAGACGUAAUUCUUUCUUUUUCCCCUUUUUUUCAUCCAACUGUUGACGUCGUAUGCUCGAAACGACGAUAAGCAUUGUGAAUGAAAUAAUUAAUUGUUACGCGAAACUCGUUACUGCUAUAAAUUAUUCCACCCUGCCACUAAAAAUUGUAGGUUGCGCGAUUAGCAAAUAUCAAUACUGCAGAUAUAAUACUUUCUUUUUUUUUCCUUCUUUUAUCCGAUCGUUGACAUCGUAUGCUUGAAACGCUGAUAAGCAUUGUAAACGAACCAUCGAAGACCAUAUUUGAAGAGUGUUUGUAUCAUAGAUACUAUUAGUAAUCGAAACUAUGCUCAUUACGAUUUAAUAACGAUAUGUUGCUAUUCUAUUGAACACUAAGUACAUAUGUACAUACGCAUAUACAUACGUAUACCUGUUUAGAUCACGAUCUAACAUACGAAUCGACGUCCAAUUAAUGAAAGUUUUGACGUUAACAGCGAUGUGUAAUCGCCCACGUACGUUUGCGAUAAUUACUACGAUGCGCUUCUACGUCGCUGUUGCAAAGGGUAGUUUGAACAAAGCCGACAACCGACAGUGAUUCGAUUCACAGUUGUAUAGUAGCCAUAUACGAAUAAUUUAUCGGUUCAAUAGAGACUCUCAGAAAAAUGGGAAUCAAGCUGUACAGAUCGUUUCAGGACGUGUCGACCAACGAGUGAGCAUGUCGGAAUUGCAUUUUGUAUGUACCCUGCACCUCACGAGAUUAUGUACAGAGAAACUUUCCCAUCGAUUACUUUCAUCUAACUCAAGUACGACGCACCAUAUUGUUUACCGUUACCUCGAUCAUCCUAUUAAGAUUAGCUAAUAUUAUAUCUCCUGUUAUCAUCGACAUUAAUUAAGUCUGAAGGCGAACACCAUCGACUUUGUAAUUGGAUUAACAAUAUGGGACUUCACUGUAUGGCGUACGAGAUAGUUUCAAGGAGUUGUGCCGAGUUCCCUUUCGUGUAUAAAGUUGUCAUCAUUAAAAAGUGAUCAUACAUA